CUCCGUUGAGCAAGUAGAGUCCAGCCUCAUCCUUCGUCUCCGAAGUCUGUGUUCUGCAAAAGCUCUCUCCUUUUCUCUCUCCGAGGAAAGAGAGCGGAAAAAGGCUAAGCACGAGAAGAGAUUUCGGGAGAGUAUUGAAUCGAAUGGCUCUAAUACAUUUUGGGAGUACGUGUGUUGCUCAAUGGGGUAUUUGUCCUCUGCUUCAAGUGAGAGCAUUUCAUCCGAGCAGAGAGAAAUCUACCCAUCAACCCAGUUUGACAAGCCAAAUAAGUUGUUUUGGAGCAUCAAGGUCUAGUCUGUUCUCGGGCGGGGCCUUACCCUUUUUAUCACGGGCAGGCCUUCCUCAAAAGUUGCAUUAUCGUAGAGGAGCACGCUUCACUGUUAGAGCUGAUGCUGAUUACUAUUCUGUUCUCGGAGUUUCAAAAAAUGCAACCAAAUCAGAGAUUAAAAGUGCUUAUCGGAAGCUAGCAAGGAAUUACCAUCCUGAUGUCAACAAGGAUCCAGGGGCAGAACAGAAGUUCAAAGAAAUAAGUAAUGCUUAUGAGGUCUUAUCAGAUGAUGAGAAAAGAUCCCUAUACGACAGGUAUGGUGAGGCUGGAGUUAAAGGCGCAGGGGUGGGCACGGGGGAUUUCAGUAAUCCAUUUGAUCUAUUCGAGUCAUUGUUUGAGGGCAUGGGGGGUAUGGGUAUGGGUGGAGGCAUGGGUAGAGGAUCGAGGAGCAGAGCAGUAGACGGGCAGGAUGAGUAUUACACACUCGUCUUGAACUUCAAAGAGGCUGUCUUCGGGGUCGAGAAAGAGAUAGAGAUAUCCCGGCUGGAAACCUGCGGUACCUGCAACGGGUCAGGGGCAAAACCCGGAACGAAGCCAACGAAAUGCAGUACCUGUGGUGGGCAGGGCCAGGUGGUGUCAUCAGCCAGGACGCCUCUGGGUGUAUUCCAGCAGGUCAUGACGUGUUCUUCAUGUCAAGGCACGGGAGAAAUCUCGACCCCGUGUGGCACGUGUUCAGGGGACGGACGCGUGAGAAGAACGAAAAGGAUAAGCCUGAAGGUGCCGGCUGGGGUGGAUUCAGGGAGCAGGCUGAGAGUGAGGGGAGAGGGAAACGCCGGAAGGAGAGGAGGGUCACCGGGCGAUCUGUUUGUAGGGAUAGAGGUCAUUCCAGAUCCAGUGCUGAAGCGAGAGGACACAAAUAUUCUGUACACGUGCAAGAUAUCGUAUAUAGAUGCUAUAAUGGGGACGAAGGUGAAAGUGCCGACGGUGGAUGGGGUGGUGGAAUUGAAGAUUCCGGGAGGGACACAGCCGAACACGACGCUGGUGAUGGGGAAGAAGGGGGUUCCAGUGCUGAACAAGAGUAACAUGAGGGGUGAUCAGUUGGUGAAGGUGCAGGUUGAGAUUCCAAAGAGACUGAGCAAAGAGGAGAAGAAGCUGAUUGAAGAGUUGGCUGAUUUAAGCAAGAACAACAAGACAGCUAACACCAGAAGAUGAUAGCAGUCUUUGAGCUCUGAGAGAUGGAUGAUUUUGUAAUGGUUAUUAUAUACAUACAUAUAUAGGACCUCAUCGCUUGGUGUUCUUUGGGGGGGGGUGGCUUCCUUCAACAAGGGGGAGCUGAGAAUGAAGGAUACUAAAGGAAUUGGGACUUAGAAAAAUUAGCUGAGGGGAGGAAAAAAGAAAAGAAAAUGAAUUUGUUUUGAUUGCUCCAGCUUUUGAAUUGUAUACAACAUUCUUUUAAUGGGAUUUUACUAAAGCGUGCUGUUGCA